GUGGUUUCCAUCCGGACGACAGGGAUCAGAACUUCCGGCUACUUGCUUGCCCGACCGGAAGAGGUUGGUCGUACUAAACGAAUGUCACGGUCCUCUUCUCCACCCCGGUCCACCCACCAAUCACGUUUAGACACAGUACGUCUACUCCUGAAAUGCGAUACGGAUACGGAUGUUUGGGACAGCUCGGGUCUGGCUUCCAUUCACACUGUUAUUCUGACGGGCAACAUUCCUGCGAUCGCUUACGUGUUGGCAACAGGCGCGGAGGUGGAUUGUUACAAUGCCGGUGGCCUCACACCUCUCAUGGUCGCUUGCAUGCACUCUCGAUCGGCCGACGUGUUUCGUCUGCUUAUAUCAUGGGGCGCAGAUCUAACACUGAGAGACGCAAGUGGAAAUACUUCUGCACAUUACGCAGUGCGUUAUGGAAAUACUUCAGCAAUCGGCGCAUUGAACAAAGCACAUGUUGACUGGAAUGCGGUCAACGGGGACGGGAAAGCAACAUACGAUGUUACCGAUGACCCAGAUCUUGCGAGACGAGUGCGUGCCCAAGCUUUGGCCCAAACGCUUUCGAAAAACUAUUGUAACUUCUACCGUCUCUCUGAUUUACGACACUCACCGCAAUGGCGAUGUUGGAUAACUGCAGGCAUCCCUCCAGUGUUUCUCCUCUCGUACAUCUCCGUUUUCAGCUGGGAUUUAUCUGGCACGGUCGAAUUCUUCGCUCCACUUCAACACCCCCUUCCUUUUUGGCUAAUCUGCUUGAUCAAGUUGGCUAUCGUGCUCGUGAUUGGGUUUGGUUGUCGUAUCGUUUUAUCUCGUGCUCACUGGACGUUGCAUUUGAUAUUCGUCCUCAGUCUAACUGGAUUCUGUACCUUACACUAUUGGUCUGUCACCAAGGAUCCGGGAUAUAUUCACCUCCCACCAAAACCAGACCGACAAGCUGCAUUUGUUAGGUUGGUUGAUGAAACUGUGAAGAAACUGGCCAAUAAUUCAUCCAUAUCGCUGACUUCCACUCCUCUCAACCGUCUGUGCACUACCUGUUUGAUACCGAAGCCCCUGAGAUCGAAGCACUGUUCCAUUUGCAAUCGCUGCGUCGCGCGAUUCGACCACCAUUGUCCCUGGAUUUACAACUGCGUGGGUGCAGAUAAUCACCUACAUUUCAUCAUCUUCCUUUUGUUCAGCUUCGCAUCAUCAACACUCUUCGUUGUCCAUUGCUUCCUCUACUGGAUGGAUGAACGCGUGUUUCAAACAAGCGGUUGGACCCAAACUGUCCUGACAUUGGCCACCUACAGCCCGUGGCUGUCCUGUUGUUUUGUGAACGCCACAUGUUACAGUGUGUGGACAGCCUACCUCAUUUUCACCCAGCUUCAUCAGUUGAUCUGGUUGAAUUUGACAACUAAUGAGUGCGUGAAGAUGAAUCGGUUAGCGGAAUUUGCGCAAGGCGGGUCUUCUACACCCAAUAACCCAUAUGACCAAGGUGUUUGGUGUAACACACUGGACUUACUUCGUCUCCCUGGCUACAUGGGACCGAAACCUAUUGACUGGCACCGCACACUGUCGUUAGACCAUCUGACUCCUCAUGAAGUUGUGGAUCACCCUCACACUGACUAGCAUCCAUGUUAUUAUCGAUUUCUGUGUUCAGGCGUUCACCUGUCACUUUCUAUAGGGUAAAUGGGAUGCUUGCUUCUUUUUUAUGGGUAUUUUCCAAAUAUCUCAGGGCAUUUUGUUACUUUUCUUGGAUUAUUUUGGUGAUUUUUUUACGGGGUUUCAGUACAUAUAACUCUCUAAUCUGGCUGUUCUCCAUUGUGUGUGUACUGAGAUCUUUGGAGCUGACUGGCAUCCACGAGUACCGAGAUUAUCCCUUAAUGAAUGCAUCAUUGUACUGCUACAUUGUGGAGGUUUAUCUCAUCUAUAAAACAUUUCUGAUCAACCGGUCGCCGGCAGACAAUGGAGUUCGUGCACUGCCACUCCCUCAUCUGGAGAGGCUUCUCAACCGUCAUUUUGCUCAGCCUCAUUGGUUUCCCCAUCUAGAGCAGUUGUCGUCGGGUUCUGCACUCAUCCGGAGUCGUCUUUUUAUUUGACUUGUUUAGGAUUUUAACUUAAUAUAACUUCAGGCUUCGUUCUUUAACCAGUUUGUCAAAUGGUCGAUAUCCUGAGUCUUGAAAUCUGAUCGAGUGGACGGUGAAUAGCCUACUAAUGUAGUCUGCGAAUUUUCG